AGUUUCAAAAGUUUUGCAAACCAUAAAGCCAUAAGUGUGCUUUCUUGUCGCCAUUUUUUUCAAAGAAAAAAAAAGUUAUCCAUAGUCAUUUAAAGUAUUUCGAUUUUAAAGUUGAGUACAUUCUCGUAUAUGUGAAGUUUUCUUAGAUGAGAAUAAUCUUGGAUUUAAUAUAUUUAUAUAUAUACAUAUCGCAUCUCGAUUAAAUAAGGAAAAAGAGAGAAGGAAAGAUGGGUGAUUUGCGACGAAAGCUCGCGUGUCCAAAACCACAACGACUUGUUCUUAUUGAUAGAAGAUCAUCGACAUAUUUUCUUGUCGCUGCCGAUUCAGACGUAAGUUUUUAUCCGAAACCGAGAAAAUCACGUAAAUCUAAAGAUUUCAGAGAAACACCAGGUUCUAAUGAAUUGCUUCUCAAUAAUUUUGGUAGUGUUAUACAAACUUUUGGUACAAUAAAAUGUAUAGUUGAUUUUGGGUUGGGACAAGAAUAUUCUUGGUCAUUUAACAUAUCAAAUUUUGAAAGACCAAUAAUUGGCAGAGAUUUUUUAAAACAUUUCGGUCUCGUUAUGAAUUUCACAAAAAUGUGCCUCGUUAAUCCUGUAACAAAUUGUGAAACAGAAAAAAUGUCAACUGUCCCAUGUGAAUGUCAUCAUAAUAAAUAUUUCGAUGAUGGUUGGCCUUCAGUUACAGGGAUUUACAAUAAACCUGUAAAGCAACGUUUUUUUGUUUACAACAGAUUAUCAAAUUUGCCUUUUUUAGUGGGAACUACAUCGCAAAUAAGUAUUUUCCCAUUGUCGUUUAUGAAACCAGAAAAUAAACUUGAACCAUUCAAUGGUUCAUUUGAAAUAAUAGGCGAUGUAUUUCAAAAAAAUCAAGUUCUAGGUUUCACAAGUUUAACGUUAGAUUUUGGAACAAAUCGAACAUUCGUGUGGAAAUUUGCAGUUGUUGAUGGUUAUAAACCAAUAAUUGGCUUAGAUUUCAUGAAUCAUUUUAGUCUUGUGAGAAAGUUUAAAAGGGGAAGAUUUUGUUUUUUUGAUUUACAAACAAAUUUGUCAACUCCUUGUAAUGUUGCAAUUGAUCAAACUGGAUGGCCUUCAAGUGUUGUGGUUAAUGCAAAGCCAAUUUCAAAGGCGGAAAUUUCUUCUAAAGUACGAGAAAAUCCUGAGAACCACAAAUUUGUUAAUAACAAUUAUAAAACUUCAAAUUUAAAUCCUUCAUUUAACGAUCCAAGUGCAUCUCCUAAAUCCAAAGAAUCCUUAAGUCCUCGAUUCAAAAAAGAUUAUAAAAAAAAAUUCACCAAAUCGCGCUAUAAUGACGAAAAAAGGACAAAUUUCGAAGAAGAGGGAGAAGAAGCAGCCAAGGCAAAUGUUGUUCAAUCAAAAAAAAUAAAACAUCGUUUUCAUGUCACCGAUAUUAAUUCACAAUUGCAAUGUCUCGUUUCUAAAAUUGCAAUCAGUAUGUUUCCAAAGAAUUUUGUCGAUGAGAAAGAUUUUAAUCCUUCUUCUCAUACACAGAAAAUUCGCGGUGCUGAUGGACAAUUGAUGACAGUUUUAGGAUGGACAAGUCGAACUUUGGAUAUUGGUUUAGGAAGAGAAUAUACAUUCAGAUUUGCUGUCGUCGAUGUAGAAAAACCGGUCCUUGGUUUAGAUUUUAUAAAUUAUUUUAAAUUAUAUCAAAAUCCUGAUAGUUUGAUUGAUCCGCAGACUAAAAUGAUAACUGCUCCACCAUCUGAACCAUGUGAUUGUCAAAUAUCUGUUGCUGAUUCACUUUUUUCAAGGCCAAAAUUUCCCGCCUGGAGAGGAGGAAGAAAAAAGUUUCACAAUUAUAGAAGAUAUCCCAGAAAGAAUUCUACAGAGACUCCUGAAGUUUCUGAAACGAGACUGCGAAGUUCAACACCCGUUGAUAUUGAAUCCGACCAAAAUUCUGAUCUCAAGGCUGCUCAGCUAUUAGUGAAUCUUUCUUCUGAAAUUCUGGAGUCGUCAAGUAUGAAAAAUGAAUCGGAAAUAUCGAUUAAAAUUCUAAAUAAAUCUGCAGAAGAUUCAGAAGCUGAAUUGGAGACAAAUUUCAAUAAAGAGACUCGCAUAUUGGAAUCAAUAAUAUCCGAAGAAAAUCCUAUGAAUAAUGUCAAUAAAAUGGAUACAACUGAAGAUGAAUUUAAAUCAUCGGGAGAUUCCAAUUCUGAUCAAGAAACAAGAGACAAUGACGAUGUGGAAAUAAUCAAUGAAGUUCUUGAAGAUUUGAAAGUCGUGGAAAUUGCAACAAAUACACAGGAAAAAUUAGAUGAAGAAGAAAAUAAAAAUCCUGCUGAAACGGAAAUUACUUCAAAGGACGAUUCUCAAAAGAAUAAAAAUGAAGAUUGUAAUGAAAAUAUUGAGAAUUUAGAAAACAAAAUUUGUGAAUUAAAAAUCGAAGAUAUUACAAAUUUUAAUUCUAAUUCUACAAAAAAAAUUAAUGAUUCGAUUAAAAAUGAAAAUCAUCAAGUUAUGGAACUUCAAGAAUCCAAGGAAGAUUUCAAGAAGUCAACAGAAAAUUUGAACAAUGGAUCUUUAAUUAAUAAAGUGCAAACAUUAAAUGACGAUAAGAAUUCUUCGAUUGAUUCAGAAGUUAUUGAAGAAAAAAUUAAUAAGGAAGAAUUUAACAAAAGCGACAAUUCAGUUAAGGAACAUGAUACAUCCGAAGAUGAUUUCAAAGAUUGUUCCGAACAAUUUGAAGAAGAGAUUGUAUCAAAUAAAUUGAAAAUUGAACAUGAAGUUAAAGAUUCUACAAAAGAAGAAAUAGAAAAUGAUCAACAAAUCGAUGCUGAUGAUGAUGAUGAUAAAUCAACUAGUUCAGAAGAAGACGUUAGCUUGGAAGGCGAGACUGAUGAAUCAGAUGAAGAUGAAAAAACUGAUUCAAAAUCUAUUAACAAGGAUUUAAUUGAGGAAGAAGCCAAGAAAAUCGAUGAUAAUUCUUCGACGAGUGAUUCAGAAUCUUCUGAUUUUGAUUCUCAAAAACUUAUUAUUGACGUGAAAUCUAAAAGUGAAAUUGAAGGACAAGUUCAAAAACAUCGUUUUCACGUGAUUGAUAAAAAUUCCAAGGUCUUAUUUUUUGUCACUGAAAAAUCCCAAGUGAGCAGUUAUCCAAAAGCUUUGAUACAAGGAGACACGAUGAAAGAUUCGGAAAAGGCCGAAUUCAUAGUUGCUGAUUCAUCACUUUUUCCAAUUCUCGGUUGGGCGAAUCUCAAAUUGGAUUUCGGUUUAAAUAAAGAAUACGAAUGGUCAUUUGCUGUUACUGAUUUCGUGAAACCAAUUAUUGCUCAAGAUUUUUUGAAACACUUUGGACUCGAGUGUGAUCACGCUUUAGAAUACUCAAGACUUUGUGAUCGAGAGACAUUGAAGACAACGGAAGAACUUUCAAUGGAUGUUUGUGACUGUGAAAAUUCAAUGGAUUGGCCUCUUUUGACAAAUUUUCAAAAAAUUGAUUUAAUUCCCAAAACAAAGAUAAAUGGAAAAAAAAUUGAAAUUCAAACUUGCGAAACUCACGAUGAAUGUUUGAAAGAAAAACGUUUAAUUCUUGUUGAUCAAGAAAGUGGAUUGCCCUGUCUUAUAUCUGAAUUUAAUGUCAGUGUUUAUCCAAAAUCAUACGUCGAGGAAGAUGAAAUUCAAGAAUUUGAUGAUUUAUUUCAACUUCUUAAUAAUGACAAUGAAGAGAUUACAAUUUAUGGUUCGAUUGUCCGAAAAAUUGAUUUCGGUCUUGGAAGAUUCUUUUUAUGGAAAUUUUUUAUAAUUGAUAUCGAUGCACCAAUUAUUGGAAAUGAUUUUCUUGAUCAUUAUGGUUUUGAUGUAUUACGCGAGGAUGGAAUCAUUUUCGAUCAUGCAACAGAGAGGAAAUCAGCUUCAGAAGAUUUAUAUGAAUGUCAAACAAACAAGUAUUGGCCUAAUAAUUUCGAUAUGAAAAAAAUUGAUAAAUCUUCAAUUGAUGAACUGGAUUCAGAAGAUACGGAGAAUGAACUCAAAGAGACAGAAAUUUAAAAACUUUUUUUCAGUUUACCGUUAAAUGGCAGAGGAUGAUAUUACAUAGAAAACAAACCAAAUACUCAAAGAUGACAGACGAGAUUCAACGACAUUUGAUUGAAUGCUGUCGAUUUAAAAAAAAGCUUUUUCCCAAGAGAUUAUUUUAUUUUUUAUAUUAUGACUUAAAAAAAAAUUUCGUUUCCUUAAAUAAGUUUGUUUAUCAAGCGUUACUUUUAUGUUUCAAUGUUUAGAUUACAUUUUGAAUGUAUUUUCUAACAUUUUGUUUGUUAAAGACUCAUCUAAAUUGCCAUACUUUGUUUUACGUUUCGUUUUAUACGUGUUUAAUAAAUUUUGUAUUUCUUUAUAAA